GGGGUGUAUGUGACACCGCCUUGCUUUGAUGACGCUCGCCAUCGGGAGACAUUUGGACAGCCUUCAGCCUCUCUAACCCAUAUACCGAGCAACAAAUGGUGCGUCCGUGCCGGAGAUGUGUCCUCCCGCAGACCCCGCAGCCGUAGGAUUCAUCUGUUGAUCGGAUUGGAGACCAUUAUGAUGAGCCGCAGCGGUCCGACUUCCAGCUGAAAUUUGAGGGGAGUGAAAUGAUUCCUAAGUCAGGAAAAUCUCCAGCAGACUCACGAAAAAGUGUUGGCAUCCAUGAGUUUGCAGCACUCGCCAGAUCCUCCUUAAAUGGCAUCUCUCAGGCAGUGAGGGACCAUGUGACGAAGCCCACCUCCCUGGCUCAGGGCCGGGUCGCCCAUCUCAUAGAGUGGAAAGGUUGGCCCAAACCUGCAGGUCCACCAGCUGGCGCCCACUCCCAGCUCAGCACCUACAGUCACCUGACUGAAGGGGAGAAAGAAGCUCGCUUUGCUGCAGGAGUGGCUGAGCAGUUUGCCAUUGCUGAGGCAAAGCUGCGUGCCUGGGCGUCUCUGGAUGAUGACGAUGGGGAAGACUCCAUUGAUGAAGAUUCCCCCACCUGUGGACAGACUCUAACCGUGUCUAAGAGCUCAGACGCCACUACGUUCAGUCCUAUCAGCGAAGCGCCAGGCCAACCUGAGAUCCAGAGCAGCGGGGCAGAACCCUCCGACUGUCCAGUGAGCUCCAGCAGCAGCAGCAGUCUGCUCUGCAACGUUCCUCCAACUCUCAAUGACCUCCCCGCAUCACAGACCAACUCGCCCACUUUGCCCAGCGACUGCAUGAGGUCAUUCCUGGAGGAGGAGGAGGAGGAGGAGGAGGAGGAGCGGCUGGAUGGUCUGGAGGAGCAGCUGGCUCCUUUGCAGGAGCAGCGCAGUGAGGUCUACAACAAGAUAGAAUGGAGGCCCCGGGCCAGGAGCAGCAGGUUCGACUCCUGCUACUCCACCUCUCACUCCGAGUCCCCCGGAGAGGAGGAAGAGGAGGAUGAGGAAGACGAAGGCAGUGUGUUUCAUGAGGUUCGAGUUUGGCACUGCAGCCCAAGGGGCUUCUUCUCUGACCGGGCGUCUUCUGGAGUGGCGUCAUUCGACGAGGAAGAGGAGAGAGAAGAGGGAGAGGAUGAGAAGAAGGAGGAGAAAGAAUAUUUCAUGUGAUUGGUCAUCGACCUUUACGUCCUAUUGAGUCUGUGUUGAUUCUGAUAUGACUAAAGCUGUUCUGCUUGCACUGUAAACCCCUUUCCUCUUCCUCCUUUCCAUCCCCUCAUCAUUUCUCCUCCACUUGCAGCCUUCUGUUCCUCAUCCCCCAGGCCUUUUCUUAUCUUUCUCCCCUGUUUAUAUUUGCUGUAAACAGUGUUCAUGUUGGAAAGUUCCACCAGAACGUAAUGCUGUUGUUGAAACUAAGUUUUGUACAUUUUUGUGAGUGGUCAAGUGUUGCUAUCGAGUUGGUUUUUUUCUAUGGACAUGUUUUGUAGUGUAGUUUUUUUUUUUUCUCUCUCUUUUUGUGCGGGUCAUGCUGUGUCCUGUGAGUUUGAUAUGGAGAGUCUACAUAUUCUACAUAAAUAAACAUGAUUUUUUGGAAACAA